CAAACAUCGACACAUGACUCCACGAGUCCGUCCACUUUUGUCCAACAGACACACAAUAAGCUUUCCAGGAGCUGCAGGUGUAAACGGCCCGGACUCAUGGUCAGGUUGAAUUAAGAAUAAGAGCAAUAACUUGUUGAUCAAUCAACAUGCCAAUGGGCUCUGUGAGACUACAGAGCAUUAAAAAACUGGGCCAAGAGAACCACAGCUAUGAAGUUUCAGAAGAAGAACCAGCUGGCUCCUACAUGUCCAUGAGUAAUUCAAAGGAAAAGGAAAAAGUUCAGGGGGAUCCGGAACAACCAGCAAUAAGAGUUGGCUUCUUUCAGCUGUUCCGUUUUGCCACGUGUAAGGACGUGCUGAUGAUGGUGGUGGGCAGCAUCUGUGCGGUUCUGCACGGCUCGGCCAGCCCGCUCAUGCUGCUGGUCUUCGGCCUCCUCACCGACACCUUCAUCGACUACGACAUCGAGCUCACCGAGCUGAGCGACGACCGCAAGGAGUGCGUGAACAACACUAUCCAGUGGAAGAGGAACUACAAUGGAACCCUCAACUUGGACCAGUCAGUCCUGGACCAGAUGGUCCUGAACCAGUCUAUCCUGGGCCUCUUUGAUAAUUCAACACUUGAGAUGUUUACCCCUCUGGGCAACUUGUCCUGUGGGCUUCUUGACAUCGAACAUGAGAUGACCCUGUUUGCCUUGUAUUACGUUGGAAUCGGACUCUCCGUAUUCUUGCUGGGGUACCUUCAGAUCUCCCUGUGGGUGACGGCAGCAGCCAGGCAGAUUCAGCUCAUCAGGAAAAUGUACUUCAGCAAAGUGAUGAGGAUGGAGAUUGGCUGGUUUGACUGCACCUCGGUCGGGGAGCUCAACACCCGCAUGUCAGAUGAUAUUAACAAAAUCAACGAUGCCAUUGCGGAUCAAGUGGCCAUAUUUGUGCAGCGCUUCACCACCUUUGUUUGUGGCUUCUGCAUCGGGUUUGUUAAAGGCUGGAAGCUGACGCUCGUCAUCAUCUCAGUCAGUCCAAUGAUUGGUCUCGGAGCUGGUCUCAUGGCUGUGUUUGUGGCUAAGCUAACAGGACUGGAGCUGCAGGCCUACGCCAAAGCUGGCGCUGUAGCCGACGAAGUCCUCUCUUCCAUCAGAACUGUUGCUGCUUUUGGUGGAGAGAAGAAAGAAGUUGAUAGGUAUGACAGGAACCUAAUCUCGGCUCAGCAAUGGGGUAUCAAAAAGGGUCUGAUAAUGGGUUUCUUCACGGGGUUCCUGUGGCUGACCAUCUUCCUUUGCUAUGCUCUAGCCUUCUGGUAUGGCUCCACUCUAGUUAUAGACACCAAGGAGUACACACCUGGAACACUGCUGCAGGUGUUUCUCGGAGUUCUGGUAGCAGCCAUGAAUCUGGGUCAGGCCUCUCCAUGUCUGGAGGCUUUUGCAGCCGGCCGUGGAGCUGCUACUAUCAUAUUUGAGACCAUUGACAGGGAGCCGGAGAUCGACUGUUUAUCAGAGGCUGGAUAUAAACUUGAUAGAGUCAAAGGAGACAUUGAAUUCCACAACGUGACCUUCUUCUAUCCAUCCAGACCCGAAGUUAAAAUUCUUGAUAAACUGAGCGUCACAGUGAAGUCAGGUGAGACCACGGCCUUCGUGGGUCCGAGCGGAGCAGGGAAGAGUACCGCCAUUCAGCUCAUCCAGCGCUUCUACGAUCCCAAAGAGGGCAUGGUGACGCUGGAUGGUCAUGACAUCAGAGGCCUGAACAUCCAAUGGCUGCGCUCUCUGAUUGGCAUCGUGGAGCAGGAACCAGUGCUGUUUGCUACCACCAUUGCUGAGAACAUCCGUUAUGGUCGACCUGGCAUCUCCAUGGACGACAUCGUGACAGCCACGAAGGAGGCCAAUGCUUACAACUUCAUUAUGGACCUCCCACAGAAAUUCGAGACAAUGGUGGGGGAGGGUGGAGGUCAGAUGAGCGGAGGGCAGAAGCAGCGGAUUGCCAUCGCUCGUGCAUUGGUCAGGAGCCCUCGGAUCUUACUGCUAGACAUGGCAACCUCUGCCCUUGACAACGAGAGUGAAGCUAUAGUUCAAGAAGCUUUGGAUAAAGUACGCAUGGGUCGCACCACCAUCUCUAUCGCUCACCGUCUUUCCACCAUAAAGAACGCAGAUGUAAUUGUUGGCUUUGAGCAUGGCCGAGCCAUAGAGAGGGGCAAACACCAUGAACUGCUGGAGAGGAAGGGCAUUUAUUUCACUCUGGUCACUCUGCAGAGCCAAGGAGACAAGGCUCUGAAUGAGAAGGCCCGGCAAAUGGCUGAACAUAAAGAAGAGGAACCAGAAAAGCUAAACCUUUCCAGAGCUGGCAGCUAUCGGGCCAGUUUGAGAGCCUCAAUCCGUCAGCGGUCCCACUCUCAGAUGUCCAAUCUAGUUCCAGAGUCCUCAGUUUCCAUCGCUGGAGAUCUCAGCCCCAGGGCCUUCUCAGUGUCUCCACAGGAGAAAUAUCAAAAACAAGAAGAGGAGGAUGAACUAGUGGAACCAGCUCCCGUUGCCAGAAUCCUCAAGUACAACAUACCAGAGUGGCCCUACAUGCUUGUUGGUUCUUUUGGGGCAGCAGUUAACGGAGGAGUCAACCCAGUUUAUGCUCUGCUGUUCAGUCAGAUUCUGGCGACUUUUGCCAUCACAGAUCCUUUGACUCAGAGGACAGAGAUCAAUGGAAUCUGCCUGUUCUUCGCCAUGGUCGGCAUCGUCUCUUUGUUCACCCAGAUGAUUCAGGGUUAUGCUUUUUCCAAAUCUGGUGAGCUGCUAACUCGCAGGUUACGUCGGAUUGGGUUUCAAGCCAUGCUGGGUCAGGAGAUCGGCUGGUUUGAUGACCAUAGGAACAGCCCUGGGGCUCUGACCACACGCCUGGCCACGGACGCCUCACAGGUUCAAGGCGCUACAGGAUCUCAGAUUGGCAUGAUCGUCAACUCUCUGACCAACAUCGGCGUGGCGGUCAUCAUGUCCUUCUACUUCAGCUGGAAGUUGACGCUGCUCAUCCUCUGCUUCCUGCCCUUCAUCGCUCUGUCAGGAGGCUUUCAGGCCAAGAUGCUCACAGGCUUCGCCAAGCAGGACAAACAGGCCAUGGAGGCUGCUGGACAGAUUUCUGGUGAGGCCCUGAACAACAUUCGGACCAUUGCAGGUCUGGGGAAGGAGAAGAAGUUUGUGGAGACAUAUGAGGCCCAUUUGGAUGCUCCGUACGAAUCGGCCCUGAAAAAGGCAAACGUAUAUGGAGCUUGUUACGGUUUCGCCCAAUGUGUGGUCCUCUUGACCAACGGUGCUUCCUUCAGGUUUGGAGGAUACUUGGUGGAACAAGAAGGGCUCCAUUUCAGCCUGGUGUUCAGGGUGAUCUCAGCUAUCGUUACCAGUGGCACAGCUCUUGGCAGAGCCUCUUCUUACACUCCAGAUUACGCCAAGGCUAAGAUAUCUGCAGCCCGAUUCUUCCAGCUGCUCGACCGUGUGCCGUUAAUCAACGUCUACAGUGACAAGGGCCAAAAAUGGAAUAACUUCCAAGGCAACAUCGAGUUCAUCGACUGCAAGUUCACCUACCCCACCAGGCCCGACAUCCAGGUCCUGAACGGCCUGAAUGUUUCAGUGAAGCCUGGCCAGACGCUGGCCUUUGUAGGCAGCAGUGGCUGUGGGAAGAGCACCAGCGUUCAGCUGCUGGARAGGUUCUACGACCCGGAUCAUGGCAGAGUGCUGAUUGAUGGCCACGAGUCGACUCGCGUCAACGUCCCCUACCUUCGCUCCAAGAUCGGCAUUGUCUCCCAGGAGCCCGUGUUGUUCGACUGCAGCAUCGCUGAGAACAUCAAGUACGGCGACAACUCACGGGAAAUCAGCAUGAACGAGGUCAUCUCUGCCGCCAAGAAGGCCCAGCUUCACGACUUCGUCAUGUCGCUCCCCGAGAAAUACGACACCAACGUUGGCUCCCAGGGUUCUCAGCUGUCCCGUGGUCAGAAGCAGCGCAUCGCCAUCGCCAGAGCCAUCAUCCGUGACCCCAAGAUCCUGCUCCUCGACGAGGCCACCUCCGCCCUGGACACCGAGAGCGAGAAGACAGUGCAAGCAGCUCUGGACAAAGCCAGAGAGGGUCGGACAUGCAUUGUCAUCGCCCAUCGCCUCUCGACCAUCCAGAACUCUGACAUCAUCGCUGUCAUGUCGCGGGGCUUCGUGAUCGAGAAGGGAACGCACGAGCAGCUCAUGGCUCUGAAGGGCGCGUACUACAAGCUGGUGACAACAGGAGCACCAAUCAGCUAACAGCUGGCAAACACCGGCUCUGUUUGGUGAUCAGGACUGAAAACACGACAGUCACAUUAAAGUCACUGAAAAAAUUAAAGAAACCCUUUUUUAAACCACAGUAUUCAUUUGAUCAUGAUACUGUAACAAAAAGCAGGUUUUCAGGAUUGGAAAGCUGUAGGUCAGUGGUGGAAACAGUUAACCUAAGUAUUAGCUUUAAAUGAAUUAUCACCUGCUAACUAAAAAUAUGGCUUUGCUAAUGCUAAACAUGUUAAAAAAUUAAUAAUUAGCAGAAGCUAAACCGGUAAGACGACAACUGGGCUCCACAUCAAACAUGGCUGUAGUUCAGAAAUAACAGUCAGCUCCUUCGUUAGGUCGUGGUUCAGAGUUUACUGCCUCAGUAACUUGAAUUUUUUUCCUUAGAACUAAUAAUUGUUCAAAGAAACUCACAAAAUUGCUAACGCUCUGCAGUUUUCAUGGCUUUCAUUGUGGYGAGUUUUAACACUAAAAUAUUAAUAGAAAAGAGCUGUGACUCGUCUGCUGUCGUCGUUAUCCUCAUUACAUACUUUCAUUGUACUGCACAGAUAAUUCAUCAUCUUCAAUAAGUAUCACCAAUUGGGGCGGCUGUGGCAGAGUGGUUAGKGGGGUUGCUCCUCUAAUGCGAGAGUUGGGAGUUCGAUUCCCCACUAUUCUGUCACACGUUAAAGUGUCCCUAGACAAGACACUGAACUCCCACUGCCUCUGAUGUGUGUCCCAUCAGUGUAUGAAUGUGAUUUAAAGCACUGAUUAGUCUCUAUAGAUUGAUUUG